UUUCGUAAAUUUGGUCUAUCAGUGCAGGGUUUAACUUCUUCUUCAACCUCGGUUCUCCAUCUCCUCUCUCUCCCUAGCUAGGGUUUUACUCAACAAUGAAGGUCAAGGUGAUAUCCCGCUCUACUGAUGAAUUCACUCGAGAACGAAGCCAAGACCUCCAGAGGGUAUUUCGGAACUUCGACCCCAGUCUCCGUACGCAAGAGAAGGCGGUUGAGUAUGUCCGUGCUCUUAAUGCCGCGAAGUUGGACAAGAUGUUUGCAAAACCAUUUAUAGGAGCAAUGGAUGGGCAUAUGGACGCCGUUUCAUGUAUGGCAAAGAAUCCUAAUCACUUGAAAGGGAUAUUUUCCGGUUCAAUGGAUGGAGAUAUUCGGCUGUGGGAUAUUGCAAACAGACGAACCAUUUGUCAGUUUCCUGGACAUCAAGGUGCUGUUCGAGGCUUGACUGCAUCUACAGAUGGACGCAUCUUGAUAUCAUGUGGGACAGAUUGCACCGUCAGGCUAUGGAAUGUCCCAAUUCCUACUCUGAAUUCAUAUGAGACUUCAACUAAUUCAUCUGAGCCACUAGCAGUUUAUGUCUGGAAGAAUGCUUUCUGGGCUAUUGAUCAUCAGUGGGAUGGAAAUCUUUUUGCUACAGCUGGUGCUCAAUUAGAUAUCUGGGAUCACAACAGGUCUCAACCAGUGAGCAGUUAUGAGUGGGGAACAGACUCAGUUAUAUCUGUCCGUUUUAAUCCUGGAGAACCUAACGUCCUGGCAACAUCAGCUAGUGAUCGAAGUAUUGCGUUGUAUGAUUUGCGCAUGUCAUCCCCAGCAAGGAAAGUGAUUAUGAGGACAAAGACAAAUUCUAUUUGUUGGAACCCAAGGGAACCAAUGAACUUCACUGCUGCAAAUGAAGAUUGCAACUGUUAUAGCUACGAUUCUAGGAAACUUGAUGAGGCAAAAUGUGUGCACAGGGAUCAUGUAUCUGCGGUAAUGGAUAUUGAUUUUUCACCAAGUGGUCGAGAAUUUGUUACUGGCUCAUAUGAUAGAACAAUAAGAAUCUUUCCGUAUAAUGGGGGUCACAGCCGUGAGAUUUAUCAUACCAAAAGAAUGCAAAGGGUGUUCUGCGUCAGGUUCAGCUGUGAUGCAAGUUAUGUGAUCUCAGGGAGUGAUGACACCAACCUUCGGCUUUGGAAGGCCAAAGCAUCUGAACAAUUAGGAGUCCUUCUUCCGAGGGAGAAAAGAAAGCAUGAAUAUCAAGAGGCUGUUAAGAAUCGUUAUAAACACCUUCCUGAGGUUAAACGUAUUGUGAGGCAUAGACAUUUACCGAAACCGAUAUUCAAAGCCGCUGCACUCCGGCGCACUAUUAUGGAUGCCGAGAGAAGGAAAGAAGAGAGGAGGAAAGCUCACAGUGCACCUGGUAGCAUUUCAACUGUACCACUGCGUAGGAGAAGAAUUAUCAAAGAAGUUGAGUAAACUAAUUUUGAACCAAGAGGAGGGGAUGUUGAUAGCUGCUGCUUACACUUUCAGGCCAAUAGCUAAGCUAUGGAGAUUUUUCAUAGAUCUCAUCUCACGACUUCAACUGACAGUUGAGUUGAAUGAGAGAAGGAAUCAAAAUUUUGCGGUGUUGUACAAAUUCUUUAUUUUUCAGCCUGUUUGCUUCGUGAAUUUGUUAAAGCUUAUGAUAUUUUAAGAUCAAAUGUUCUUUAACUAUUUAUGUGUCCUUUAAUACCCAAUACCGAUGGUGUGGACUGGUUUUAGUUUCAAA